AUGGCACUAUCGAGCAGCCCAGAUGCAGUACCUGGCGAAGAGUUCGAAUACGAAGCUCUGCCUCCGAACUAUGGCCUGGGACAUAACAUGUUGGCCGGUGCAUUCGCUGGCAUUGCGGAACACACUGUGAUGUAUCCGGUGGACUUAAUGAAAACACGGAUGCAAAUCAUAAACCCUUCGGCCGGUGGCCUCUACACAGGUCUAUCUCACGCAGUAUCUACAAUAUACCGAAUAGAAGGUCUGAGGACGUUAUGGAGAGGUGUGACAAGCGUGAUAGUCGGAGCAGGUCCUGCUCACGCUGUGUAUUUUGGCACGUAUGAAGUUAUCAAAGAGAUGGCCGGUGGAAACCGAGCAGAUGGGAAGCAUCACCCCUUUGCUGCUGCGGCCAGCGGAGCCUGCGCAACAAUUACAAGUGAUGCUCUGAUGAAUCCCUUUGAUGUUGUCAAACAGAGAAUGCAAGUCCACGGUUCGACAUAUCGAUCAAUCACACACUGCGCUCGUUCAAUCAUCCAAACCGAAGGAUUCUCGGCCUUUUACUUGUCCUACCCGACGACGUUGUGCAUGACGGUGCCAUUCACGGCGACUCAAUUCAUGGCCUACGAGUCGUUGUCCAAGGUCAUGAAUCCGCGGAAAGAGUAUGACCCGAUUACACAUUGCGUGGCUGGUGGCUUGGCUGGCGCGGUCGCUGCCGGUCUCACCACCCCGCUCGACGUGAUCAAGACUUUGCUACAGACACGAGGACUCAGUCAGCAGGAUGAGAUUCGAAAUGUACGAGGACUAGUCCAUGCCGCCGCCAUCAUCAAAAAGGAGUUUGGGUGGCGUGGCUUCAUGAGGGGCUGGCGACCACGGAUCAUCACCACCAUGCCAAGCACAGCCAUCUGUUGGUCAUCGUAUGAAAUGGCGAAGGCAUACUUCAAGCGCACUUUACGGGAGGAGCAGAUGGCACAUACCAGCAAGCUCUGA